AUUUCCCGUUCACCUGAAUGACCUCCUUACCCAUGACGCACCGCGGUCGUUCUUAGUGGUAAAAAAUGGCGUCGAGGGCACCAGUAGCAACAGGCAGACUCCUGCUCGGGGCCCGCAAAUGGUAUUAUAACAUGUGUGGCUUUAACAAGCUUGGUUUGUUUCGUGAUGAUACGAUCCUCGAGGACUCUGAUGUAAAAGAGGCCCUGAGGAGGCUACCAGAAAAACAGUACAACGACCGGAUGUUCAGGCUCAAGAGAUCUCUGGAUCUCUCCAUGAAGCAGCAGAUCCUCCCGAAAGACCAGUGGACGAAAUAUGAAGAGGAUGCUAAUUACCUGACACCGUAUCUGACGGAGGUGAUCCGUGAGAGGAAAGAAAGGGAGGAGUGGAUGAAGAAGUAGAUGAUUCCUGAUCAAAGCUGUUAAUCCUCGUAUUCGGUCGGUGCAUGCUUGUCCCCUGGUGGAAUAUUUAAGAUGAAAUCUUACCUGUAUAAAACAAGAGCUCAUUAAAAAAAUUGUACAUUUUG